CAGGUUCACGCUUUUAUUCUGAAAAUCCUGCCGGAUGUGUCUGACUAGUAUUAGCUAGAGGACACAGUCCUGUCUCAGUGCGGCGCUGACCUCCGGCUGUCGAUGAGAAAAGUCAGAUGGCGGGGAGCAGACUAGAGAAGUUUGGAACCGUAUUCACCCGGGUUCGAGACCUGAUGCGCUCCGGAGUCAUAAAGCCGUCAGAGAAACCCGUCUGGUAUGAUGUCUACCAGGCUUUUCCACCGAAGAGGGACCCGCUCCACGUGAAGCCACACUUCAGACCCAGCACCAAGAAACAGGAGACGGUGCCUGAGAUCUUCUACAGAGAGGAUGAAGUGAGAGCGAAGUUCUAUGAGCGCUACGGGGCGGGGCGGCCUCUCGAUCUCGCCAAAUCAAACUUUGUCUCUACGUGUCAGAGGUAUGUUUUAGGGAUUGACCGAUUUCUUUUUUUCACAGCCGAUACUGAUUAUCAGUAAAGACACUCAUGGUGG